AUGCCGCGCACAUCCAUGUGCCGGGCUCACAUUUGCCCGAUGUUCUCCCCGACGCCGUACGCGUCUGUGCUCCUCCACAGAACACCGACCACACCCCUCGUGUCCUCCUCCACCACGAUUGGCACUGUUGUCGCUGCGGCAUGUUCGCAAGCACACGCGACACCACGACGCUGGCAGUCCUCCGCCACCUCGUACCCAGGCACGACAACUGCAGCGCACGACUCCGUCGUGAUGGAGCAGUCGAAACAGCCUCAGCAGGGGAGCAUCGCCAUCACCUACAGCCCGGGAUCUGGCGCGGCCGGCAAUGGACUGACGCUGCCGACCACAGCGCUCACGGGGCAUUGCGACAUUAUUUCCGAAACGCUGUCCAAGGCGGAUGAGCUGCAACAACAGAAGAAGGCACAAGAAGCGCUUGGUACUGGGGCGGACAUUCUCACAGCGGAGGGCAUUGAUGAGAUGGUUGACGAGCUGAGGGAGAUUACGACGAGCGAGGUGGAGGUGCUGGUGGGGCAGAUGCGAUCACCGGCGGUGGUGCAGCAAGCUGGCAUGCAUGAGCUCCGUCGUACGCUCUACUACGCCACCUCACUGAAGUCGCGCGACUGGAUUGAGCCAGCGCAAUAUACGUCGCUGAUGCGUGUCUUGACAGUGGAACUCCUGCGCCGCGAUAAUGAGGGUGUGUUGGCGCCCGACGAUGUGCUGUAUGUCACGACGCACAUGAUCACAGCAAACUUCUAUAAUCGGCACUUAUGGAAUCGAAUGGAGAAGUCGCUGCUGCUACCACGGAACUACGACACAAUCGACAUGGCCACUAUAAAGGCCCUCUCAACAAAGCUGUUCAAGACGCGUCGCGGCUGCGCGAAGGAGACGCUGGAUGUGCGGCGAAAGAUCUUGAGUGCGAUGACGCGCCGUGUGGCGUUGCUGGCAAACGAUUUCGAUCUUCCAUCCCUGCUUGGUAUCUUACAGUGCUAUACCAUACACGACAUGGCGCCACCGCCGCUCCAGUCGCUCGCCGUGCGCGCGACAAAUCAUGUGAGCGAGUUCACGCCACAGGAGUGCGCGACGCUUUCGCAGGUGCUGCGCAAGUUCAGCCUUCUUCGCCUCGAGGUGUGCGAGCGGCUUGUCGAGCGCAUCUGCACCGCAGAUGAACUCAACCAGCACAUGGUUCACUCUGCACUGAUAUCGAUCCGCACGUGCUAUAAUCGUGUCAGCGACUCGGGUCGCAAUGCACUGCAAGCGGAGCCAACCCGGCAGAAGUUGCGCGCCAUGGGUGAGCAGGUGGGCUGCCGCUUGCAAGAAGCCACGUUUCCAACAAUGCACGUAAUACUGAACAUACUCGACAUCGUUGUAAACCUGCGCAUCUACGUGCCGAAGAAGUCCCUGCAGAGCCUCUUUACCCGAGCACUUGGCAUGGUCAAAGUUUCCGUAGAACAGGAAGAUGAUCUGAUCGACCCCGUCACCGGAAAGCGCGUGCGGCCCAUCACAAUGGAGCAAGGCCGUCAGCUGCAUGCGCUGCUCCUGCACUAUGGGUCUGAUUUGUGCCCAGAUCUGCAGGCACUGCUGAAGCAGUGCUUCAAGGACGGCCUUCUACCCGAUGAGGCGUCCCUCUGA